AUGAAUCAACAACAACAACAAGCAUCUCUUCCUCAACAACCUUCAUCGGCGUUGAAUACAGCCUUAACCUCUUCACGUGCCAGCAGUAAUAGCGGAGUGAAGAAGGAAUCAUCAUUCCAUUCCUCUGCAACUCGUAAUGCCUCACCACCAACAUCCUCUACGAGGAAAGGUCUUAGAAAAAUUGAUGAUGCCGCAAGUAGUAAUAGUAGGGGCAGUUUGGAGGUGUUUAGAAAGAGUAAUGACGGCAGUGUUGGACAGGUGAAUGAGAACAAGAGUAUUUCAACGAUGAUCAAGUUAGGACCCGACCAAGUGCUUCUUACGAUUGAAGUCAUUGGUUUGGGUAAUUUGAAUAUUGUUGCAGAGAAAGAUACAGAUCUCAUUGAUGUGUUUGAUACAGUAAGGUCCAAAAUUGGGAUGAGUGAGUUCGGAAUGCAAUUCUUUGGAUUGUUGGAGCAAAUUUAUGAUAGUGAAGGAUCGAUGCCACUUGGGCGAUUUGUGAAUUUACAAAGGACCAUUCAGGAAGAAAACAUUUCUGCCGACUCAAACUUGAAAUUUGUAUUAAGGACGAUUAAGAGACCUAUAGAUAUGAAAGACUCUGUGGCGGAGAGCAUUAUGGUAAAACAGAUUCAUCUCAAUUUUAUCAAUAGGCUCUACAAGUGUACAGAAAAACAAGCAGUCUAUCUUGCAUCACUAAUUUUACAGAUUAAUUUUGGUGACUACAAUCCAGAAAAGCACAAAAUAGGAUUUUUAAACAAAAUCGCCCUUAAUACCUUACUACCUGUCUCCGUGGCAAAGCAUGAUAACCCUUAUUGGCAAGAGAGACUUUUCAGAGUUCACAAACAGCAUAAAGGUCUUUCAACGAGGGAUGCCAUUUACAAGUAUUUGGAAGAAGCCAGUAAGACGUCACAUUUUGGAAUGAAAUACUUUUAUAUCGAGCACGACGUGGGACCUAAACAACUUAUGGGAAUUGCUGAGGAUGGAAUCUUCUUCUUUUCAAAUUUGUCACCAAAGCCGGAUUGUUGGAGAUGGAGAAAGAUCAAAAGUUGGACAACUUCUGUAACCAAUGAAGGAAAAUACAAGAUUGAACUGGAACGUGUUGGCAACAAUUCUGAAAAAAUUUCUAUCAUUACUUCGAAAUUGAAACAUGGAGCUAUCUUGUUUUUAAUGCAAGAUUAUUAUUCUCUCUUACCUGAAGAUAUGAGGACAUGUAAAGUGACCAUACCCCAAAAUCCAUUGGCCUCUCUGUAUCAGCGACCUUUAAAUAGAAUAUUCUUGGCAAAAGUUUCUAGCAGAAUCGAAUACUUAAUGAGCUAUUAUUGUGAAAUGUGUUCGCGGGCAAAACUCAUUCCGAAUCCUGUUUAUUGUCGCCAGCUCGAUAGUACUCUUGACGACGACACUGUUUUAACAUCUCUAAGUUUGCGAGCUUUGAAAAUUCAUGACAAAAUUUUGGCCUAUUACUUAGACCCUAUUGAGACAUGCUUGAUAUAUCAACCUAAUAUUAACUUUCCUUGGAAAGAAAAUUUUGACCUAGACAGUUUUGAUUUCGGAUACAAUAAUAUCAAAAUAGAAGUUCCAAGAUUGCUUCAUGUAUUGACCUACUUUCGAAAUUUGAGGUAUCUCAAUCUCUCUGUAGUUCCAUUGAAUGAGCACUCAAAUGUCCUAGCAUCUUUAUUACUUAACUUGACACACCUACAAGAAUUGGAGCUUGCCAAGUGUGGUCUCAACGACAAAUCCAUCCAAACCAUUCUUUUAGCCUUGAGCAAGUGCAAACGUCUUCAAACACUGAAUCUUUCGAAAAAUCACAUUACCAAUAAUGCACUCACGCAUAUUACAUCAUUCUUAGAAACUGUCAAGUUGAAGCAUUUAAACAUGUCUAUGAAUGAAAUUGUUGUCCCUAAAAAGGAUUCAAUGGUGAUGACCUUUUUCAAAACAUUAGAAACCAACCUCUUUGUUAGUACGCUGAACGUGAGCGGCAUCAAGUUAGGAGAAAAAGGAGGAGAGUACAUUAUUGAAUUCAUUCGAGUAACAAGCACUUUGAAAGACGUCACAAUUUCAAAUGCUGGUAUUGAGGGUAAAGUGUUUUACAGUAUUGGACGUCUACUGAGAAAUCAUCCUUCAGUGGAACGCCUUGACAUCUCCAUGAAUGCCAUUACAAAGGGAGUGACAUCAGAGGAGGAGGAUGAGGCUUGGUACUUUUUAUCUGUAUGCAAAAUGUUAAAACAGCUUGACAUUUCCGACAAUCAAAUUUUUCAACCUUCAUUAGAAAUUAUUUCCAAGUACUUACUCGAAAACAAGACAUUAACUGUAUUAUCUAUCGCUGGAAAUCCUGUCACCACCAUCAAGACAUUUGAAAUUUCUUCCACCUUUUGUCAGGCCAUAUCCCUCGUUCCUUCGUUAUUUUUGCUUGAUGUCACCAGUUGUAAAAUUGCCACCAAGGGAGUUAUUGACAUUUUCGAGGCUGUCUCGAAGAAUUCUUCAAUUAAGGAGCUUUAUAUUGGACGAAAUUUUGUAAAGAAUUUUGCUGAUGUUUCUCACACAUUUCGAGAAUUGAAAAUACGAGUUUUGGAUUUGCGACAAAUGAGAAUUAAUGACAAGAACCUGGAACAACUCAUUCCUCUCCUACGUGUGAAUAAGUACAUUGAAAUUGUUAACUUUGAAGGUAACCAAAUAACACUCACUGGUUUGGAGACCUUCUUAAAGGGUAUUGGACGAAGAUCCAGCUUGAAGAAAGUCGCCUUUGUUGGCAAUCCUGUCAAGGAAGAUCAAAAGAAGCUCAUCUUUCAACAAUUUUUGCAUCAAACGAAUAUUCAUCAUGUGGUGCUCUAG